UGAUUUCUAUGCGCGAUGACGUCACCCAGCAAUGGUUGUUCUUGCGAAAUUGAGAGAGGAGCUGGAAAUAGGGCUCUGCCCCGGCAUUCGGAGGAGUUUGUCCACUAAAACAAUCACAUUCGACGACCAGGACAACACUGGCAGCAGUCUGAGCAAUAAACAAUUGAAGCCAACGCACAAUUCGUGAAAUGCAGCUCUCGGUAGGAUGACCAGGAAUCACGUAGAUGAUGAGUUUGUUGCAGUGCGUGUUCAAGAUCCCCGCGUUCAGAACGAGGGUUCCUGGAAUUCAUACGUGGACUACAAGUUAUUCCUACAUACCAACAGCAGAGCCUUCACAGCUAAGACGUCAUGCGUGCGCCGGCGCUACAGCGAGUUUGUGUGGCUCAAGAAGAAGCUGCAGAAGAAUGCAGGCCUGGUUCCUGUUCCGGAUCUUCCAGGAAAAUCCUUCUUCUACUUCAGCAAUGAGGACUUUCUGGAGAGGAGGAGGAAAGGACUUCAGGCCUUCUUAAACAACGUGGUGCACAUGACUGUAUGUCUGUCAGACAGCCAGCUCCACCUCUUCCUGCAGACGCAACUGCCCAUCAGUCACAUCCAGGACUGCGUCCAGGGCCUCACUCCCUACUCUGUGACGGACGCCAUCCUCACCUACGCCUCAUCCAAUCGGGGACUAGCUCAGGCUCAGGAGGACUCCAUCAGGGAGCACAGUUUGACCAUUUCUUACGAGUCAAUGGAAAGUCCAGCUCCCCAUCAGCCUAAUGCCCCCUCCAACUUUAAAUCACUCCCAUGUGGCGACUCGGAUGCUCUGGAAGAUAUUCUGGAGCUCAGUGAGCAAGACUUGGAUGAAACGCUGCUCAAGCAGAAUCCCUCAGUAACCAUCUCCCAGAGAAGUGACCAUUUGGAGGCUGUUGUCGAGGACUGUGACCCCACACAGGCCACCUUUUACCUGGGGGAGACCUCGGAUGAUUCUGGGAGUCUCAGCUCCACGGAGCAGACGGAACGGAGGAGCUGCCAGAUUCAGACUCCGGUGGAGGUCCAUUCCCCCAUGAGGACAGAUGGUGGAGUGGACAGCAUGUUUGAGGAGGAGAGCGUUACCAUAAACACAGAAGAAAACACAGAGGAUCACUUGGACUCCAAAGAAAACGAGGAUAUAGAAAAAUCUGAGACAGGAAUUUUUGUAAAUUCAGAAGAGAUUUUAGGUUUGAAGGUUGCUGAUGAAGAGCAGGAAGUUACAAGAUUAGAAGAUGUCUGCUGUGAAAAUCCCUCUCAGGUUCCCAAAAGCCAUGUGGUUGAUGUCAAACCAGUAAGAGACUUGGAAAAGAAAAAGAGUCCUGAACCAGGCAGAGAAGAGGAAACUCUCCUUCAGUCCGAACACCACGAGGAGACUCAGAUUAUGAACGGAGCACCAGAGGUGGACACCGAUGACUCGGCAUUAAAACUUCACCAGGAGGAAGUUGGACACAAAGAGGACAGCUGUGAUGAAGACAGCUGUUCACUGCUGUCUUCUAAUGAGAGCAUUGUGAAGUGUAGCGAGGAGGAAAAGGAGGACUUGAUGCUCAUCAGGUCGUCUCUUGAGGAUGUCCAAAACUGGUCUGAAGUGGACGUCUCCACUAGGGACAUUCUGGACCUGCAUGUGAAUGGGUGUCUUGAGGAAAAAGAGGACAUUUCUGGUCAGGAGGAUGAACAUCAGCAAUAUGUGACCAACCUGAGUGAAUUGAGUCAGUCUCCAGAGCUUAAGGCAGCUGUUGCCGUUGGAGAUUUGAAUGAAAACAGUGACUUCAGCAUCUUAGGGUCCAGCUGUCAGUCAGGAGGAGGUGAUGGUAAAUGCACACAGCAGGACAUCCUGUCCUCGUCUUCUCUGGAUGGGUCAGGGGAGAGUCUGGGACUGGAGGUGCAUUAGAGAGACUAGUGGACUGUCCUCCAGAUCACUUCAGUUACGGCGGUCUUCCACCAAAGACACAUGAAGUCACGUACUGAGAGAGGUGUUCUGUUAUCAAAAACUCUUAACAUAAUAAAUACCGUGCGCUAAAGACACAAGCUUAUUUAAAUUUGACUCCUGGUGGUUUGAUUUUCGAUGAUUCUUCAUGUUGAAUCUCUGAGCCUGCAGAGGGCACUAAAAGGUCACGGAAGGCCAAUUUACACCAAGUUCAGAUGUUUUUUAUCAGCCUGGAGGGUGGGUUGUUAAAUGUGAGGAGAAUAGAACACUGGAUGUUUUAUUCCAUGACAAAUGCAUCUGAUAGACCUUUCUGCUGUGAUGAUGCAGCUUCAGGAGGUAAACCAGCCUUAUUGUUUGCUCGCUCGCUGAGCUGCAGACAUGAGAGGUGUUUCUAUUGAAAUGUUUGGGUUCUGGAUGCAUUUAAUUCAAGAAGCGAUCUUCAAACAUGAAGACCCCAUACUGUGAUGUGUUUGUGUCUUUGGAGAAUGCAAACCUUUUCUUUGUUGGUGUUACUUUUACCAACAUCUGUGAGCAAAUCACUCACUAUCGUUGGGACCUAGCCCUGCUUCUGGAUUACUGUUGUGUGUCAUCUUCAUAGUUUGUAAUCUGGGUUACUCCUGAGGGAAGAUGACGGCACAGACAACAACAAAACAAAUCUGAAUAUGUGACCGGUGGAUUAAAUCAGAUAUUUUCAUUAAACCCAAACAGUUUUCCUAUUUGUGCUUGAUGCUUUUAACACAGGGCGGUUCUUAGACACGUUUUCAUCGUGUUAAUGAGGACGCUAAUGUGAAUUCUCUGUUCACUUUUUUUGAAGAGUUAAACAAAUGUUAUAAAUCUGCAUUCACUCUUGCUUCUUACUGGAAAAUGAUCUCCGAUAAGAACAUGCUUGUUUUCUUUUCUGACAGUUGGAGCCUCAAGUCCAAAGAUGAGUGAUGGUUACAGUUUGACCUCCUGACACUUUACAGCAUCUCAAAGGGACCUUUGGUGUUUAGUUGUUUCACAUGUUUAAAUGUGCUGCUUUUGACUUUUGCCUAUUUGAAAAUGUUUAGUUUCUUUAACAAAAAGGAAGUGAUACUACUGUUCAGGAUGAUGGAUCUACAAGGGUAACUUUUGUAUUAAAACAUUUUGCUUCAA